AUGACUGUCAAACAAGUCGCUCGUUACGGAGACUGGACGUCCCCCAUCACAGUCGACUCCAUCGUUUCCAAGUACAGGGCCAUCUCCGCCCCCAGGGUAGCCCCCAAAUCCGGUCGGGCAUUCUAUAGAGAAACGACACCAGACGACCGCGGCACUCUAGUCGAAAUUAUCGGCGACGCCAUCACAGAGGUCCUCCCCGCGCCAUACAGCGUCACCAACCGCGUCUACGAGUACGGCGCUUCCCUAUACGAUGUGCUGCCCGACGACCGCAUCAUCUUCUCCCACAGCGACGACUCCGUGUGCGUCCUGGACCCGGACACAAGGGAUGUCAAGGUCCUCAUAAAAAGCCCCGUGCUGCGGUACGCCAGCUUCAGCGCCAAUCCGCAUCUCCCAUGGGUGCUGGCCAUCGAGGAAGACCACACUCAUGACAGUCCCCUCGAGAUCCAAAACUAUGUCGUGGCCAUCAACGUCGACAGCGGCGAGGUCAAGCGUGUUGUCACGGGCUCCGACUUUUACUACAUGCCGCGCUUCAGCCUCGACGGGAAGCAGCUCGUCUGGAUGCAGUGGGAUCACCCGGACAUGUGCUUCGACGCCGCCGAGCUUUACCUCGCGGACUGGGACGACGGCUCCGUGUCGGGUCGCAGACUCGUCGCCGGUAAGGGGUACGAGAGCGUGGGGGAGCCGCGUUGGGGCCGUGACGGCUCGCUAUUCUUCGCAAAGGAGGCCGGUCCGUAUAGGCAACUGUUCCGGCUCUCUCCCGGGGCCGAAGCGGCGGAGCAUAUCGCCCUCAAGUGUCUUGAGCACUCGGAGAUUGGACAGAUGGGACUGAGCGAGGGAAGCUGCACCUACGUGCCCUUGUCGAACAACGCCCUCAUCGCAAGUGUCGGCCAUGACGGAGACCGGCGGCUCAUCACCAUCAACCUCAAGACGAAGGAGUGGCGCCAGAUCGCGGACGACGACGACGUGUGCCAGGUCUCCGGCGACGCCAUGGCCCGGCUCAGCGACACCUCGUUCCUGGUCGUCUCGAGCGGCACCACGACGCCCACCUCCAUCCGCAAGUUUGACGUCGCGCGACCUCACGAGAACAAGGUCAUCCGCAAAGCCACCGACGAGUCGUACCCGCCCACUCUCUACUCCAAGGGCGAGCACAUCACCAUCCAGUCCAAGGGCUCCCCGUCGAGACCCAUCCACGCCUUCCUGUGGAUGCCGCGCAACCCGGACUUCACAGCCCCAGAGGGCCACCUGCCGCCGCUCAUCAUCAACGCUCACGGCGGACCGACCGGCCGCACGGGCAGCGGCCUGGACCUGCGCACGCAGUACUUUACCUCUCGCGGCUAUGCACUCCUGGCGCUCAACUAUACGGGCUCGACGGGCUACGGGCGCGCCUACCGCAACGCACUGUUCCACGGCGGCUGGGGCGUGCUCGACGCCGACGACGCCGCUGAAUUCGCGCAGCACCUCGCCUCGGCCGGGCGCGUCAAGGCCGACGGCAUCGCCAUCACGGGCAUCUCCGCCGGCGGGUACAACACGCUGCAGGUGCUGACGCGGCACUCGUCGCUCUUUGCCGCGGGCUUGUGCGUCUCCGGCAUCAGCGAGCUGGAGCGCUUCGACGGCAAGACGCACAAGCUUGAGUCUGACUACUCAGCCAAGUUGCUCCUCCCGCAGGGCGGCGUGGACGAUGAUGUCAAGAGGAAGCUGUAUCGUGAGCGCAGUGCAUUGUAUCAUGUGGAGAGCAUCAAGUCGCCACUGGUGCUGCUCCAUGGUAGGGACGACUCGGUGGUGCCUGUGGAGCAGGCGACGCUCAUGGCGGACAAGUUGCGGGACAUGGGUAGGGAUGUUGGGAUCGUGGUCGUGGACGGAGAGGGGCACAUGAUGGCCCAGCCGCCGAGUGUGAGGCUCUGGCUGGAGGAGGAGGAGAAGCUGUGGCGGAGGACGCUGCUGUAG